AUGGAAUCAGACUCUGCAUUGCACAGUGAUAUGGCCGAUGGCGCGGAAGUAUCGCCUUUAGCCGAAAACCAACCACCGGACACAAUCCCUGAUAUUUCUGAGAAUAAUGUUACAAGUCAAGAAUCUGAAGUUGCUGCUGAAGAGUCAGUAUCAAAUGGUGGAGCACCUACCAGCAGUAGUGACGCUCUAGAUGGAGAACAGAGAGAGCAGGUAGCUGAUACUGAAGAGCAAUCUGGUAUAGAUGAAGCUAAUGCCGAGGAAGAAAUGGAUAUAGAUGAUACUGCAGCUGGUGCUGUUGCAGAUGAAUCGGUUUACAUCGGAGACAACUGUCUGUCUACUCCGGAAACGGAAAGCCAGCUAGAUCCUAUAUCUAAAGAGCAGAGUUUGGAAGAUGGCGAAGGUGCAGAUGCUACUGCAGAAGAGAGCCCCGACCAAUCAAUAAGUUCCGCUAUGCCUAUUGACAGUGGCUUGAGUGAAGGAGACGGCGCCCCAGUGGUUCAAGACGAUGAGUCAAGCACGAUGGACGAAGAUAUGGGAGGCGGGGAAGGCGUCGCUAGCAGCGACGAUGUUAACGACAUAAGCAGUGCAGCUCAAGAGGUUCUCAGCACCGGUAUUAGUUCAAGCACAGCCGAAGGUGCAGCGGAUAUUUCAAGCAGCGGCCAAAGUGAACCCACAUUGAUAUCAUCCACUGCCAAUGGGCCGGCAGUGUUACAUUCAUUUUCUAUCGCUCCGCAACAACAACAAGCAAAUGAGUUCGGAGAUGCGGACACUUCAGAACUGGAAGGCGCCGCCGAUACAAUGCCCACAGUAAGCGAAUCUAUGCCGCUACUCGCCAUGUCAGCCAAUGGUUCGGCGUUACUCUCGCCAACUUUAAUGCAAGGUGAGGAGGGCGGGGCAGGUUCGGUGUCUUCGUCCGUGGCGGCGGAAACGGGCGCAGAUGCGGGUGCGGGGCCGGAGGCGGUCGCAGGGGUGGGAGCGGGCACGGCGGAGGGGGAGGGUGCGGUGAGCAGCUCGGGUGCGGCUAACGGGGCGCCGCCGCUACCGCCCGCCGAUGCCGCGCACGCACUCGCCACGCUCGCAAGCGCGGCGCUCCACCACCACGAACAGGCCGAAUCAGAAGAGCCGAAGCAACAACAAAAUGAUGAAGACGCAUGGUAUACUGUUGGUAUUGUAAAGGGGACCACAUUCACGGUGCAAAACUACGUAUCGGAUCCAAAUGUAGAUUUAUCAAAUCUGUCAUUAGACAAUCUGCCUGAUCUAUCUAGUCUGCCGACCACAGCACUUGAACACGGCACUGCAUACAAAUUUAGGAUUGCUGCCAUAAAUUCUUGCGGUCGGGGAGAUUUCAGUGAAGAGUCUGCGUUUAAAACGUGCUUGCCCGGUUUCCCCGGCGCACCGUCCGCCAUCAAGAUAUCGAAGUCGGUAGAAGGAGCGCAUCUCUCGUGGGAACCGCCACAAGUAGCCGCCGAAGGGAUAUUCGAGUAUUCCGUCUACCUCGCCGUACGCUCCAAUUCACAACCCAAGGAAGCGUCGAAGUCGCAAUUGGCCUUCGUGCGCGUAUACUGCGGCAAGGCGAAUACGUGCGUUGUACCACAGUCCUCGUUAGGCGCGGCCCACGUAGAUUCUUCUACUAAGCCCGCUAUAAUUUUCCGCAUCGCUGCCCGUAAUGAAAAAGGCUACGGGCCGGCCACGCAAGUCAGGUGGCUUCAAGAUAUAAAAUCGACUGGCGUAAAGCGGGCAGGUGAAGGGCGGCUACCAGGCGCUUCACCCUCAAAGCAACCCAAACAAAUUCUCCACUGA